AUGGAGUUAAGGCUGAUCGUACUCAGUGUUGCAGUGUUCUCGUGUUUAGUGCCACCGGCAUUAGGCAUCGGGAUUGUAGCCAAGACAGCAGCCUUAACCGCUGCUAAAGGUGCAGCUGCGGUCGGCGCGGGGAUAUUAGCUAAAAAGGCGGUAAUUGGCAAGGGCGCUUUGUUCGGCGCAGGACUGUUAGCUAAAAAGGCGGUACUUGCAAAAGGCGCUUUGCUCGGCGGGGCGCUAUUAGCCAAGAAGGCAGUAAUUGCGAAAGGGGCGAUUGCGGCGAAGAAGGCGCUGGUUGUGAAAGGGGCACUUGCGGCGAAAAGUGCCGCCGCUGGGAUUGCGGCACAUGGGGCUGCGGUUUUAGCCGCUAAAAAAGCUGCCAUUAAAGCUAAAGCUUUAAGCAUACUCGCGGCAAAAGCGGCGGCGGUGCAGGGCGCAGUAGGACUUGCAGCGAAAGGAGCGGCUGUGGGCGGAGCAAUCUUCAACACGAAGGCAGCUGCCCUCAAUUCUCUUGCUUCAGUCCCAAUUCCUUAUGCCGUGAGUACUCUUCAGUAUAAUCUAUACAAGCUGUCACUUUUUUAA